AUGAUCUACACUUCAUUGCUGAUUUGCGCUGCUCUGGAAGCUUCAUUCGCUCUAAAUGUGCUUGUUUGGAAUCCUGCUAUAGCCCAUAGCCAUAUGCGUUUCAUGGGUAACAUAGCGGACAUACUGGUCGAUGAUGGACACAAUGUACUUCAAAGACAAAUUCUGGGAAGCGCCAAAGGUGGCUGUAUGAUCUUAGAGGAUAUGGAUGAUUUUAUGAAACUCAAUCAAAAAGUAUGCAAAGAAGAAAAAACUGGAGCCGUUUUGUUGAAUACCGUUGAAGUUACUAAAUCACCGCGACCAACAGCCAAUAUACUACGGUAUAUCGGAGGGGCUACUCUUCGUGAGCCGAAGAAGCUGAAUGCGGAACUUGAUGCCUUAUUAAACAAACGUCCCCAAACUGUCCUCUCGAAACACAUGCCUAUGAGACUGAAGCAAGAGAUAAUUGCUGCCUUUGCUUCAUUUCCCAACACAACAUUCAUAUGGAAGUAUGAGGAGGAAAAUGAUGCUAUACUCUUCAAAAAAUACCCGAAUAUAUACACUAUGAAGUGGGUACCUCAAACUGAUUUGCUUGCUGACAAACGGCUGUCGCUUUUUAUCACACACGCUGGCAUGAAUUCUGUCCUGGAAGCGGUGUUCUCUGGCAAACCGAUGGUCACAGUUCCACUAUUGUGGGACCAAGUCGCGAAUGCGAAGAAUGCGCAGAGCCGGGGUGUAGGAAUUAUGAUUGAUAAACAUGAUCUUAAUAGAGACACACUGGUUGCGGCUAUUUGA